GGAUUGCCAAGGCUUGCGUUGGCUGAGAAUUCGUUCGACGUCGAUUGAAUUCCAGCAUUUCCACCAAACCUGACAAAGAGCUUUUGGAUCAUCCCCACACCCAAAGCACACAAAUCGAAAAUCCUCUCAGGAAGACAACCACAACAAACACAAGUACAAUACGGUACGCACAAGUAACUGAUCUAUUAUUAUUAUCAUCAGCAACAUCAUGAAUCCAAAGGCUCUUGUUCACGUUACCAUGACGAGCGAUCUCAUGUGCCCAUGGUGCUGGGUCGGUCUUCGCAAACUUCAAGAAGCAGCCAAGAACACCAACAUUGAGGCGGUGGUGGAAUGGAAGCCAUUCCUGUUGCGUCCCAACCAUCCGGAAGAGGGAGUCUUGAAAACAGACCCUACUCCUGCCAGCCGUGUUGGAAGGCAUUUGAAAAUGGCCGGUCAAAGUGUGGGUAUUGAUUUCACUGGCUUGACGGACCGCACUCCCAACACCACGCUCUUUCAUGCCGUUAUGAAGUACCUCCAGGACGAUCUCAAGAUGAGUCCCAAGGAUGCCACUGCCUAUCAUGAAGCAGUCUUUGAAGGGUACUUUACAUUGGGUGAAUUCCCCGACCAAAAGGGUCUUUUGAAGGCAGCGAGCCGUGUCCCCAAUCACAGUGAAUCCUUGACCAAGUGUAUUGCGGGCUUGUUCCAGGACUCCCAGAAACUUGUGGCAUUGAAAGAUGAUGUUCGCAAGGAAGCGUAUGAAGCUUCUCGUCGUGGCAUUUCGGGAGUUCCAUCCUUUGCGGUCAAUGGAAAGACCUUGUUUUCGGGUGCCCAGCCUGUGGAAGUCUUUGAGGAGGUGUUGACACGGUUUGCUCACCAAUAGGAAGAAUGAUCAUGUGAGGAGUUCUUUUUUAAAUUAUCAAAAUCAGAAUGAAUGGUCAAGUGAAAAAUUAUAGUGAAGAAAGUUACACAGAUUUUCAAUCAACUUGCCCAGUCUGGUCUCUGCCCUGGUGUU